GAGCGAGAUGGCGGCGGCUGUGCUGGUGAGGAGCGGGGCGUCCGCCUGGGCCCGACGGUGCUUCUUGGGGCGAGUGCUGCAGCCGCGCCGAGGAAUCGCCGGAGCCCCAGUGGACGAUACGGUGAAUGGGCUGGACGAGCAGCAGCAGCAGCUUAGGCAAACCAUGGUCAAAUUCUGUCAGGAGCACUUGGCUCCAAAGGCCCAAGAAAUUGAUCAGCAGAAUGAAUUCAAAGACAUGAAGGAGUUCUGGAAGAGGCUGGGGAAGCUAGGCGUCCUGGGAAUAACUGCUCCAGUUGAAUAUGGUGGAUCCGCAAUGGGAUAUCUGGACCACGUAGUGGUGAUGGAAGAAAUUUCUCGAGUUUCAGCAGCUGUUGGACUAAGCUAUGGUGCCCACUCUAAUCUUUGUAUUAAUCAGUUAGUAAGGAACGGCAAUGAAGCACAGAAAGAUAAAUAUCUGCCCAAGCUGAUCAGCGGAGAACAUAUUGGAGCACUAGCAAUGAGUGAAGCCAAUGCAGGUUCAGAUGUUGUCUCCAUGAAGCUGAGGGCAGAGAGAAAAGGGGAUUAUUUUGUUUUGAAUGGGAGCAAAUUUUGGAUUACUAACGGGCCAGAUGCUGACGUUCUAAUUGUUUAUGCUAAAACAGAUCCAAGUGUUGUUCCAGCUUCUCAGGGUAUAACAGCGUUCAUUGUGGAGAAGGGUAUGCCUGGUUUCAGCACUGCACAAAAGCUUGAUAAACUUGGAAUGAGAGGGUCAAAUACCUGUGAAUUAAUCUUUGAGGACUGCAAGAUUCCUGCUGAGAACAUUUUGGGACAAUUAAGUAAAGGAGUCUAUGUGUUGAUGAGUGGCUUGGAUCUGGAGCGACUCAUAUUGUCUGGUGGGCCCCUGGGGAUCAUGCAAGCUGUCCUAGACCAUGCUUUACCAUAUUUACACGUGAGAGAAGCUUUUGGGCAGAAAAUUGGCCAUUUCCAGCUCAUGCAAGGUAAAAUGGCUGACAUGUACACACGGCUCAUGGCAUGUCGGCAGUAUGUGUACAAUGUGGCAAAGGCUUGCGAUCAAGGACACUUCAAUGCAAAGGACUGUGCAGGAGUGAUUCUCUACUCUGCAGAAUGUGCUACUCAAGUCGCUUUGGAUGGAAUCCAAUGUCUGGGUGGAAAUGGCUACAUCAAUGACUACCCCAUGGGUCGCUUUCUGCGUGAUGCCAAACUGUAUGAAAUAGGGGCAGGAACCAGUGAGGUGCGGAGAAUCAUCAUUGGGCGGUCAUUUAAUGCUGCCUUUAAGUAACGCUGAUGUUGAAGAAGAAUCACACUUCAACCCAAGAGGCCUUUUAUAUUCCCAAGACUGUAACGUGCACAAGUAUUUUUCCUGUACUUGAUAAUCAGGAUGACCAUCACCCUUUGGCUCCUGACCUUUUUUCACAAACACUGCUUGAUUUAUCUACGAACAUGUGAUUGUGUUAUAAUUACAGUGGAACAGAAAUAGGCAGUUCAAGUGGAAUUUGUGAAUAUCUGCCAUCAUGUCUCAUUGUAGAGAGAUGAAAUUCUGAUCACUUUAAAAGAUUAUCUGUUUUGAGAA